AUGACCGAACGCCAAACACAAACCACACCUCCGCGAGUGUCCUUUGGCGUAGAACUUGAGUUCUUCGUUGCCUUCGUGCGCGAGGGGGAAAGAGACCCUGACUAUGCCAUCAAGCAUGAGCUGCAGCCUCUUGUUGUAGUUCCACCGGAUGAUGGGAUCAAUAAGCUCGGCCUUCCGCAUACGGCGUACGAUUGGGACGAGGACUUUGUGUUCCACAGCAUUGGAGACGCAUUGGCUAAAGCUGGAUUGCCGGUUUAUGGCCAGGGUCAAUGCGGUGUGCCCGGCUCUGUGCAGAGCAUGCAGAGUAGGAAGGCCAUGGACGCGUUCCAGCUAAAGACAGACAUGUCUCUCAAGGCGGACCACGUCGACGGCUACCGCUGGCAGCGCGUCGAAAUGAUAUCACCGGCCAUGUACAAUAUGAACCUGUCUUUUGAUAUGACACGUCUUGCGGUAAGUGUAAUCACUACUAACUUCCGAUGCCGAGUGAACCCUAGCUGUGGGUUCCACGUUCAUGUAGGUGUAGGACCGACACAACGAAUCGACGCAAGGACAUUGCGACAUUUUGCUGCCCUUCUAUGGGCCGCUGACCCCCUCAUCAGUCGACUUCAUCCUCCUUGGCGUGCUACCCUCGCCUACAGCCAGUCUGCUCGAGUGAAUGAAGCUACACCUUUGGGACAGGGCAAAGGCCCCGCAGGAGCGACUAUUGACAAAAACAUUGCCCCACAGGAUUUGAAGAAGAUGAAAGUUCUGGGAAGAGACCGCUGGCUUGGUGAUUCGAUUGAGGUUGACACGACCUUCGAGACGAUGAACCACGAGAUGAACUUAGAUCAAGAGGACGAUGAGGCCCUUCUUACGAGUCACGAACCAUGGCAGCAUCGACGGGCCAUCCCCGACGUCAGAGACCCAAAAAGUUCCGAAGCUCGCUCAACCUCGCCAUUUGGGUUUCCUCCACAUAAAUACGAUGCUCCUGUAUCGAUGCCGAAGUACUACCGCACCUCUACAGCCAACAGCGCAGCUCCACCACGACCUCGGCCUCCCCCGAUCAACAGACGCUACACUCGUGUUCCCGGAAGGAUGCGAAAAGACAUCCGCGGAGACCCCGACUUCCUGGACGGGUACAUCCUAGGCCAAGGAGGAAGUAUCGAAUGCGUGGAAGUCAACCAGCCGGCUCGAUGGGACGUCAUGUCUGGCGUCAGGGAUCUCCUCGGUGCCGACAUGACAGUCGCACAGGUUGGGCAACUGAUGACGCCUGCUUUUCUCCCCAAGCAUAUUAACUACAAGUUCAAAGCCUAUGAUUUCUACUCUGUCGAACAUCUCGCCCCUCAGGACGGAAACACGAUGCGGACGACUUACCCUACGAAAGACCACACGAUCGAGUUCCGCGAGGCAGCGGGGUCCCUGGAUGUCGAGUGGAUCGCAACCUGGGCUCGCAUCUGCUGUCGACUGCUCGAAUGGAGCCGUGAUGCCGAGCCGACGGAGUUCAUGUGCGUGAUGCGGCUGCUGGCGUGGGCCCAGGAAGAGGAGGGCGCUCAAUACGAUGUGGUGGACUUGUUGAUCGAUCUGGGCCUGAUCACGGAAGCGAGGUUCUGCGAGGACAGGCUGCAGCAAGGGGAGGCUGCAUGGUGGGAGUGCGCUAAUCUUGGCGCUCUCGAAGGUUCCGAGAAUGCUUUUGGCGACGGGACGGGCUACCCGGUGCCUGGAUUCGACGACUACGAGAUGCCUGACGUAGAGAAUGGGGGCGGGCAUCGAUACCCGGGAGUCGCGUUCGGGGGCUGGGACGAUGCUCAUGGUGGUGAGUAUAGGGGAGGAGAGGGGUGGGAUUCGUCGAGUGGCAGUGAUACUUUCGAGCUUGAGGGCAAGGCACCUGAGGCUGGUGAGAAGUCCCAGACGACCAAACUCGACACAUCUGCAAAGGAGGCAUACGGAGAUGUGCCUACGGCCGGUAAGACUAACACGGCAGCCUAUUCCGAGGAGAAGAGAAACAAUGACGUGAAGGAGCAAGGUGAGUCGGUGGCGCGGGCGUCUCGUAGUUCGAGUACCAGCACAACUCGCCCGAAAAUCACGAUUGAGUGA